AUGCCUGGAGAUAAUUUUUUUCUAAGAGAUGAAAUGCUUAUUGCCAUUUCCUUCAGCGUGGUAUACAGAGAUGAAGACCGCGUUAUCAGUGGGGAUUUCGUUCUCUUUGGUAACAAUGAAGUCCACAAUCUAGGUUUCCAUGACACGUUCGACGGCGUUCCAUUCACCCGCUACGAGGCCGGGUGGCUGCUGCAGGAGACCAACCAGACGCUGAAGGGACACUUGGCCGUCGCUUCCGACAUGAAUGCGCAGCGGGUCGUGACCUUGUCCGGGGUCACGGUCCAGGGCGUUGACGUCAACUUUCUUGACCUCUUUGCCAUGAGGGUUGAUGAGUCCGAGACCUUCCUCGGGCCGGUGGUUUUUGAACUGGUCUCUUCCGAGAGCCCAGUGACGGUGGACGGGCGCGUUCAGGGCUGGGACCUCUCCGCGGAAGGCAUCGUCCAGACGGCGUCUAAUUCUUCCGAUGGGCGUGUCCUCGUCUUCACCGGAACCAAGAACUUCAUUGGAGAGAUCUUUUACGGCGCGGACUUCGAUGUGAUGGGGCUGGUGAACGGCGUCGACCUAGGGAGCGUCUGCCCCCUGCUGGACUACCAUCAUUUCCACACUGACUCGGCCAUCUUCUUAGGAGUCGCGAGGGGCGAGGAAGUACAUCUCGGGAAAGAUCGACUCAUCUUAGACCCCGGUUUUGCCGAUUCCUACUGGAGGAGUGACCAGCCGGCUCUCCUCCCCAACGCGUUCUCUUUUGGCAAGGUAGCAGCUGUGGACAUCGAGACGAAUUCCACGGUCAACCAGGUGAACCUCAAGGACUUCAGCGCCUCGGUUCUCCGCACCUCCUGCGCGGGAGGAAGCCAAGAGGUCGCCGGCUCCUUUUCCUUCGCCAGCCUGAAUGUGUCUUCGCUUCAGUCGACUUUCGUGCAGACGGAGACGCUGGACGCGUGGCCGGCAAGUGACCUCCUGAACAUCAUGACCAGCGAUGAGACGCAGUUCAUCACAGGUCAAAUGUAUUUCGAUACCGUGCUUGUGCUUGGCACCAUCGACCCCUUCACCACCGUGGGGGGACUUGCGACGUCGGACUUCUGCCGCCACGGGGCGCCCUGCUCCGUGGAGGCGCGGAAGGGCUUCGCUAAUCUCACGGUCGUCGGCAAUCACACGGUGCAGAACAUGAGCACCGUGCAGGGCGUGGAUGUGUCGGAGGCUUUCCAGGGCGCCGUCACCGACACCACGUGCGGACUCAUCCCCGGCCGCACCACCUUCUCCAGGGGACUCAACUUGACAUACUUGUGGGCUUCCGGCUUGGUGGACGGCGUGAACAUGACCGCGCGUGAGCUGCUGACCCUCUCGGAAAACCAGGUCAUGCAAGGGUCCCUGUCCGUCGUGGGUGGGAGAGAAGAUAUUGCACUUACGGUCGAAAGUCUUACUUCUGACGACGGCCACUUCAACUCAAUGAAUCUGACAGAUUUGUGGAACACAGCUGUCCGGCUUGACCGAGAGAACGUGGUGAGCGGUCAGGUCUAUUUCCAGGGCGGGGUGACCUUCCAGGACCUUAACCUUCACAGGACCCUCGAUGGCGUCUUGGCCCUGAUAGCUUCUCCUCCAGACGUGUCGGAACUCGCCCUGCCUUAUGAAUAUACUUAUAAUAUAUCUCGCAUCAACCACCAUGUUUUGGAAGGUCAAGCUAAUGAAUUCUGGGGCUGGCGGAGAGUGCAGGAGUUUCAGGAGCCCCUGGUGAGAAUGGUGCCCCUCAUCAUGGACCCCUUCCUGCAAGGGCGCCCCUCGAGCAACACCACAGAAUACCUCGCACUCAUAACGUCCUUGGGCAGCACCAAGAUCUUCAAGCUCCUCGAAGAUGGUCGUUAUGAGGAUACAAAUAUGAAUUUAGGUGGAGUCUGUACCAAAAAUGCGGUGGGUUACACAAGCCAUGGGGAAGAAUUUGUUGUGACAGGACAUGUCUGCUUGGAUGUUUCCUCAGAUGGUGGCACGAAAGUAACAAGUGACAAGGAGGUGCUAAUCUGGAACAUCACAGCUGGUGGGGCCCGUUGGACGUCUAGUGUGUCCACUCCUGGAGCAGCUGAUGUGCAGAUGGUGAUGCUGCGUGAGAAGCCCUGCUUAAUCAUUGUUCCUGCAAGGGGUAAUGAAGUCCUGGUAACCUGUGAACAUUCGCCAGGCCAUUUCCAGGAGCUACAACGGCUGACCACUAAAUUCAACCCAGUCAAGGCGUCCGUAGUAGAGCACACGGAUCCUAGUGGCACCACCACCACCUUCUUAGGGGUGGCCGACCAAGGCGACUCUCAUGAGCACAUGGGUUCCUUCAUGCUGUGGCGGUACGACGUCGAGGAGGACACUUUCUCUCUACUCCAGGUUAUAAACAUGGAUGAUGUGAAGUGGGUAGAAAUGACGUCACACUUGAGUGACCUGUUCCUUGUUGUGGUCUCGGGGGCCUUCAGAGGGGACCAACAGGGGCAGGUACACAUAUACAGAAUGGACUGGUUUGACGGGGAUGGAACCCAGGCUCUUGGACAUUAUGGAACAGUCGUUCAGAGUGGCGAGACUGACCGGCUUACAGCCUUGAGAGCCAAACCGCAAUUUUACUUCGUUCAAGAGGUAGUGGUAGAAGAACCCGUAGAGGCCCGGUUCUACACCCUUCCUACUGGAGAACUUAAUCUUUACGUUAUCAAGCAGGACGGCAUAGUGGUUCGCUUUUCGCAGAAGGGUAUUCACAGGUUCUGGAAAGAGGGGGAGCUGCACGCCCCUGGGAAAGUCACCCUGGAUGUGUGGUCAUCGUGGGUCAACGGCAGGAUCGUCCAGCGACUAAACGCGGGAGGAAGUUCCUGCCAGGACGUCGAGAAAAAGAACUUCCCAGAGGAACCUGCCAUAGUGCUUGAGGCCCUUUUCCGCGGCGGGGUCGAUUCCCAGGGCCAGCCAUCGUGCCCGGCCAACCACUAGGGACUCUGCAGAAGGAUUUUCGUGGGAUGCGAAGACUCGCCUUCCUGAAGAAUUUGCUUGGUCUGUCUUCACCUUUUAACCAUGAACAUUCAGGGUUUGCGAUUCUUGCUUUUCAUGAGCUCCCUUGUUAAUUUUUGGUUAUAUCUAUACCCAUGAUGUAUAGAAUAAUAUAUUGGUGGCAUUCGAGCGUGAAGUCUCUCCUUUUAAUUGUUACUAAAUCUAGUCUUUUAAUUAUAGAUACGUCAUGCAUAUAUGUAUUUUUGUAUUAUCGGUAUCUAUAU